CUCAAAUCUUAGGGCAACGCACAUAAAUCUUCUCUCUGCUCCUCUGUCUUUUAUCACGUCGCUCUCCCAGGGGAGAUAGACGUGGCGUACAGUACAUACACAGCGACAUACAAACUCAAAACACCACACACAUCCAUUACAUCGCAUCACACCACCAAUGGAAACCAUAAUCAACACCCUCUAUGGGCUUCCCCCGGCGCCGCCCCGCACGCGCACAGGACCGAUGCGCAUUCUCUGCGUCGGGCUGCCGCGCUCCGGUACCGAGAGCCUCAGCCUAGCUCUCACGCGGCUAGGCUACAAGACCUUCCACGGGUGGGACCUGGUCUUCGACGACGCGCCCUACAUCCAAGCGUGGGCGAAGCUUGUGCAGCGCAAAUACGCGACCCCGGGCGACGAUCCCGUCACGCGCGAGGAGUUCGACGCCCUGCUCGGCCCCUGCGACGUGGUCAUCGACUCCGCUCCGGCCUUGUUUACCAGCGAGAUCAUCCAGGCGUACCCUGAAGCUAAGGUUAUCUUGAAUACCCGCCGGGAUGUGGAUGCGUGGCACUGCAGUGCGAUGAGCGCGUUUGUUGAUGCUGGCUCUCGCAAUUGGGGUCUGUGGUGGGUGCAUCUGUUUGAGGCGGAGCUCUUUUGGCUUUGGAGGGUUUAUUAUGGGUUUGGGUAUCCUGGUUUGUUUGGGGGUAGGAAUACCCAGCAGGGGUUGUUGUGUAAUGGGAAGAGGGUGUAUCGCGAACAUGGGUUUAUGGUUAGGGGCAUGGUGCCUUCGGAGAGGUUAUUGGAGUGGAAUGUUGAGGAUGGCUGGGCGCCGUUGUGUGAGUUCUUGGGGAAGGAUGUGCCCGAUGAGCCAUUCCCCAGAACGAAUAAUGGGGCUGGGUUCGUGCAGCGUGUUGAGGCCAAAAUCGGCCCUAGGAAGAAGAGAGCUUUCAUGAAUAUGGCGCUGACUGCUGCCUCCGUUGGUGUUUUGGGAGCUGCUAUUGUUCUGGGGAAUGACAAGAGGUCGGUGUGGUGGCCUGUGAUUCAGGAAGUCCCGGCGUGGAUUAAAGCAAAGUGGGUGUAGUGGUGGUAGUUUUCUCGUGGGAGGCCAUGCGUCUUUUUGGGGGGAUCGAGGUCAAGGAAUUCUGUCUGCUUGGUAUGGCG